UGUAAAUCCAUUUAGUUUACUUUGUUCGUUUUGAAAAUAUGGCGAUGUUGAAGGCAAUAUCGGUUUUAUGUGUCGCUCUACUGAUUAUUUUUGUUGUUAAGGCGGAUACAAUCAACAGGGAGCAAGUUAUAUCAUAUGAGUCAAUGCGUGUGAAUCAUGCAUGGGGAUGUUCUCAAAAAUAUCCUCAGUUUUGCCAGAAAACUAGGGCAAAUCCAUAUACGAAGCCACCCCCAAAAAACAGUGAAGCUUCAUAGGGGUUGGAAUUUUUGUGAUAUGAAAACACGAUUCGGA